AUGCCAGCUGAGUUCGAUCACCGAGCUCUAGGAAGUUCCUUGACCAUCCCUUCAGUUUUCUACAGAUUUAGAGUUUGCCUCUUGGUUACCCCUAAACACCAUGGCAAUGGACGUUUUGUUAGUGACAACGAGGUGUUGUUCCAAUUCAGCACCUCAUCCAAUCAACUCGAAAUUGUUGAAUGUGGUGUCCAGAUCUUGACAACAGACGACGAUGAUGAUGGUGAAAGCAUUCUCUCUGCUGAGCUAUAA